UUCGACUGACGUUUCUCCUCUCAAUCACCUACUCACAGCACACAAUGGCAACUGACAAUAAGAAGGCCUUGGUAUACUCCAUUAUGGAGUUUUUGGAAAAGUCUUGCAAGGAUGGAUCAGUCAAGGAGGACAGUGUUGAAGGCAUUGAAGUCGCCAUUCAGUGCUUAGGUGAAGCAUUCGACGUCGAUCCCACCGACGCCGAGCAACAGAAGCAAUAUAGCACCAAGCCCGCUACCCUUCAAAACAUUUUUGAUGUAUACCUGAAGACCAAAUCGAACAAGAAGCCUGCUGCUCCUUCAGCAACUACUUCCAAGUCUGCACCAGCCGCCUCUUCAUGAGGUUUCAGAGGACGAUAAGAAAACUGCUGAGGAUCUCAAGGUGCAAGGUAACCGUAAGGUGGCCGAGAGAAACUACCCUGAGGCCAUUCG